CAGUCAGUCAGUCAGUCGGUCAGUCAGUCUGUCAGUCAGUCAGUCAGACAGUCGGUCAGUCAGACAAUCAGUCAAAAACCAAACUGGACAUUUUUUGACCAGUUGUUCAUCCACAGUAACCCUUCUUCUUCUUCUUCUUCUUCUUCAUCAUCAUCAUCAUCAUCAAAAGUAACUCUAAAGUCAAAGAACUAAAAUAAGAAAGAACACUACUAGACCUAGUCCACUUGGUGGCGCCCUCUCUCCAGUUUUCAUGGUUGUGGGUUGAACAUAUUCAAAGUUAAUUUUAAUGUAAACAUUUAAAUGAAGACAAAGUUUCGCCUGGACGUCGUAGUUUAAGGUCGUCCACUGACUUUCUGACUAGUCUUAGUUUAAGGUCGUCCACUGACUUUCUGACUAGUCGUAGUUUAAGGUCGUCCACUGCCUUUGGAACUGCACAGAUAAACAGGUUUCACUCCUCCUAGAAGGAAGGGAAAGAAACUUCCUGUAAAAGUUUAGCUUGUGCUCUACGUCACUUCCGGGACUAACAGCUGAUUUUCCUGUGGAGUUUUCCAAACUUUUCUCAUCCUGGAGAGAAGAAAAACUAUUUAAAAUUCAAGUUUAAAAUCCGAGCGGACACGAGUGUGUUUUUGUUUUGAACUAACGUCAGAUUCACGGCUAAUGUCGCAGCUAAGAAUAAACAGCAACCUUUUAAAAGUUGACAUGAGUGACGUGUUAUCCAGACCCGGACUUCACGACAACUUCUGCGGCUGUACUCCUGAUCCAGGUUCCGGUUCUGGGGGUGAAUUUGACGGACGGACUUUCUGCAGGACUUCCAUUGUGGAUCCUCUGCUGGUGGAGCUGUACGAGACCUGCAGCAGAAGAACCCUGGACAGCUGGGACAGUUCUACGGAGGCUUCUGGUUCUGACGCUUUUUUGGGCCGCAGUGGAUCCGGGUCCGGAUUCCUACAGGAGCUGCAGCUGAGGAACAGCCGGAGACUGCAGGUUCACUUCCUGCGGCAGAAAGAACUCGAACAACUGCGAUCCAUCGUCCAGGAAGUGAAAUAUCGCACAAACCUGCAGUCGUUGAAGCUGAUUCGUCAGUUGAAGAGACGAGAUCGACUUUGUCACAAACUGCAGAAGAACUAUGACGUCAUCACCGCGUGUCUGCAGGCAGUCUCGCCAAAACGACGAGUGGACACUCGGCUGAAGUUCACCAUCCAGCCACUACUGGGAAAAAAUGGAUUCACACAGUGGUUCGAUGCCCUCAAAGCCGUGGCCAGACUUCCCACUGGGAUUCCAAAGGAGUGGAGGAGGAGGGUGUGGUUGACGUUAGCCGACCAGUAUCUCCACUCCAUCUCCAUCGACUGGGACAAGACGCUUCGUUUUGCCUUUAACGAGCGCAGUAACCCUGACGACGACUCACUGGGGAUCCAGAUAGUCAAGGAUCUCCACAGAACAGGUUGCAGCUCCUAUUCUGGCCAGGAGGGGGAGCAGGACCGCGUGGUCCUGAAGAGGGUGCUGUUAGCUUACGCUCGCUGGAAUAAGAAUGUGGGCUACUGUCAAGGCUUCAACGUCCUGGCUGCUCUGAUCCUGGAGGUGACGGAGGGCGACGAGAGUGACGCCCUGAAGCUCAUGAUCUUCCUGAUCGACAAAGUUCUUCCAGAAAAUUAUUUUGCCAACAACCUUCGAGCUUUGUCAGUGGACAUGGCGGUGUUCAGGGACCUGCUGCGACUGAAGCUGCCCCGUCUCUGGCAACAUCUCCACCAGCUACAGAAGGCAGCAAACAGAGAAGCUGGAGGUAGCUACGAGCCUCCACUCACCAACGUCUUCACCAUGCAGUGGUUCCUCACCAUGUUUGCCACCUGCCUCCCCCCCCCCACCGUCCUGAAGAUCUGGGACUCGGUUUUCUUUGAAGGCUCCGAGAUCUUGUUCCGAGUGGCUCUGGUCAUCUGGGAGAGACUGGGAGAGAGGGUCCAGUUCUGUCCAACAGCUGAUGACUUCUACAGCACCAUGGGACAUUUGACUCAGGAGAUGUUGGAGCAGGAGCUGGUCCACCCGGCCGAUCUGAUGCAGGAAGUUUACUCCAUGGCCGUGUUCCCGUUCCCACAGUUGGCCGAGCUCAGGGAGAAAUACACCUACAACAUCACUCCGUUCCCCACUUCUGUCAAAUCCAGCCCGGGUGGGGGUCGGGGCAGCUGGGACAGUGACAACGACGUGGACCUGGACGAUGAAGACACUGCAGUGACCGCACUGGGCUGUUUGGGGCCCCUGGGGGGGCUCCUGGCCCCCGAGCUGCAGAGAUACCAGAAACAUCUGAAAGAUCAGCAAACGGAGCAAGGAAACUUCACGGAGCUGAGCCCCGGAGCGGUGGGGGGGGCAGGAGGAGGCGGGGCCAAGGCGUCGGUCAACAGCAUGAUGAUGGAGAGGAUGAGCACGGACAUCUGCGCCCUGACAGAGCAGUACAGCCGCAUCAAGAGACGGCAGCAGCAGCAGGUCAUGCAGCUCUACGUGCGAACAGAUAAAUGUCCCGCGACCCGGGUCCUCACCUCGCAGCUCAACCCCCCCAGCUCCAUCAUCAACCACCUGCUCCUGGGUCGCAGACCACGGAGCAGAACUUCCCCGUUUGUCCCCGGACCUCAGAGUCUGGAUCGCUCCUACAGGCAGCAGCGAGGACUUAACAGGACAGGGUCUCCCUGGAGGACCCAUGUCCGGAUCCAUCGGAGGAACGUUGGCAGAGCUGGAGCAGAGCUGGUUGUCAGAGGGUCAGAGGAGGAGGAGGAGAGAAGAAACCAGGAUGGAGGAGUAGAAGACGGAGAAGACAAGAGAGAGGCGGGCGAAGGAGACGUGAACAUCUGUUCGUCUCCUCCUGGUUCUAACUGUGGAGAUGUUUUAGAGAUGGAGGUGAAACUGGACUCACUGGACCUUGAGGACAACCAGUCUUCUUCUUCUUCUCCUCCUCCUCCUCCUUCUCCUCACCUUCAUCAUCCUCAAUCUUCAGGUUGUUCAUCUCCACCACUGCUCUCCUCCUCCAGCUCCAUCAUCCCUUCAUCCUCCUCUUCUUCUCCUGCUACCGUGUCACUUCCUGUGGACUCCUCCUCUUCACUGACUCCAGGGGGCGUCCUUCAAACAUCCACUUCAUCUCCUAACCCUCAGAUCUUCUCCUCCUCCUCCUCCUCCUCCUCAUCAUCAUCAAAACCACAGCAGCCGCUCUUCUCUCCCUUCCCAAGCGUCAAGCCGCCCAAAAGGUCGGCUGCAGCCCGAAACCUGGGCCUGUACGGACCCACGGCCAGAACGCCCGCCGUCCAUUUCCCUCAGCUCAGCCGCCACCUGAACAACAGUGUCAGCACCACCAGGCGGCGCUGAAGACAAAAAGCAGUGCUGCAGCUUUACUCGGACAUUUCUGACAUUUGCGGGUUAAUAAAGGAGAAGUUCCUGAACAUCCUCUGGUCCACGCUGUUGAUCAACAUUCCAUCUGCACACGACAGUCGAGGGUUCUCGCUGAUAAACUCUUUGUCAAAGUUGCUGUAGUCGC